AUGGACCGCUACCGGGGGUCCCGGCGAUCGCCCGCGCCUCGCGACAGACAACAUCGAGAACGAGACCCCCAUCCAGACGUUGAAUAUUUUGGCGAAGGUGAAAGCUACAGGCCCGGUGGCUCAGGAGGCGACAAUUCGUACAGACCUCCAAAUCGUGAUCGGGAGCGUGACCGCGAUCGCUUUAUUGCAGACACAUGGACGGCUGACAGAAGAGAGGCGCGGCGGGAUGAGCGAAGAGAUGACAUUGAUUCCUACGUCCCAGCGACGAGUGCACGAGCAACUAGACCGCGCAGUCGAUCCCCAGUCUUUCGCCGACGUUCACGGACACCACCAAAUAGAAGAGAAGAUUUAUUCGCAAACAGACGAUCACCCCCUCGCCGUUAUUCCCCCCGAAGAUCGCCACCGAGAAGGAGAUCUAGGUCACCACCUGGUGGGAGAACUCGUAGUCCACCAGACUCGAAGAGAUACAGAGAUUUCUCCCCCGAUCCUGGGCGACGCUCUCCGAAACGCGAACGACGGUUUUCCCCCGAACGAAGCCGAUUUGAUCGUGAUCGAUCACCUAUCAGAGGUUCACCAAGAGGUGAGAGUUACAGACCUAGGUCAAGAACGCCCCCACGUCGGAGGCAACCUGACAACUGGGUGAGACGGUCUCUCUCGCCGAGAGAUUCUGGUGUAGCAUCGCACAACACUUCACGAAGGUCGUCUCCCCCUGUUCAUCCAGACCGGGCAAGCUUGGCAGGCUCUCAGCCGAGAUCACCAGCACAUCCUACUCGAGAUCAUUACGACAAUGCCGACUCGGCAAGCUUUCGAGGCAGAUCACCUGCUCCUCGUUCAGUCGCAGAUGGAGAUCAACGGUCUCGAGAAACCGAUGUGAAUACGCCGCGGGACGAGGUGCAGAUGAAUGGCGAGAUCCGACAACCACCCUCUGGUCCCAGCAGUUAUCGAAACGGUAUCUACGAGCGACCACCACCCACAGGUCCAUCACGCAGUUUCAGUCAACCAAUCCAGUCCCCACCUACCGGGCCUGCGGCAUCAAUGUCCAUGUCUGCUCACAAUCGUGGCGGAGGCGCCUCUGCACUUAAUGCCCCUACCAGACCUCGCGGUGCCGUCGGUAGAUUCGAUGGUCCACCAUCUCGAGAUUUCUCGGGUCCUCCAAUUCGUGGUCGGGGUGGCUUACCAUUCAGAGGCCCAGCUCCCUACGGACCAAGAGGGGGAGGUUACGGGCGCGGAGGCGACUUUGGCACAAGCACCCGCGGUGACUAUGGUGGAGGGGUCGCUUACCGCGGCGGGUUUGGACGAGGCGGCCCUGCCGGAGGCGAGCCCACAUUCCCGUUCCGCGGCAACAAUAGCACCAGUACGACAUACCCUCGUACACAGCGCUUCAAUACCGUUCAACAACACCUCGCAACUAACGAGAAGAUCGUGCCGGGGGGCAAACUGCUUCCCACAGGCCUGCCCCCUGACCAGGAGAAGCGGAUCAAGAUGCUCGAAGCAGAAGCCGAACGAAUGCGGACCGAGAUCGCCGAGAAACAAAAACUCAAGCGCGAAGUGCUGAAUGAGUGGGAUGUAAGGGAAAGAGAGAGUGAGAGAGAGUCGUUGCGUAGUGACCUCGCAGAACAGCAUUUGCAGCAGCUGAUGGAAGGGGAAGAUGGAAUCGGAAGAGCAGCGUUCUAG